AUGGCACAAGACGUACCUACCGAUUUUGUAGCUAGAUUGACAGGUCUCACAGCCAAUCCAGAACCUAUUCGUCAUGCAUCAAAUGCCAAUGACGGAAAACCAACUACUGAUUCCACAACUACCGGAGGUACUGCUGCUGUAGAGCCUGCUGUAAAUGAAAAUACAUUGAAAAACGCAGCACCAACUCCUGCUGCUGCAAACACCACUACUACUGAAGCUGAAUCCAAGGGCAAAGAAGCUGCUACUGUUGCGGACACUGACCCUUCAGCUCCACAAAAGAGUCAUCAGCCUGAUGUGACGCUUAGAGCACUGGUCACAACUCGUGAAGCUGGUGUUAUUAUUGGAAAGGAAGGCAAAAAUGUAGCUGCUGUACGAGAAGCUACUGGAGUACGUGCUGGAGUAUCAAAAGUGGUACCUGCUUCUACGGAACGAAUACUUACUGUUGGUGGUCCAUUGGACGCUGUCGCAAAAGCCUUCUCUCUCAUGGCCAAAAAUCUGAUUGAUAAUCCUAUAACACCUCCACAAUCUGGGAACCCAACCGAAACUGCUCUCAUCCGACUCCUUGUCUCACACCAAGUAAUGGGCUCUGUAAUAGGAAAAGGAGGUGCCCGCAUUAAGGAGAUUCAAGAAGAAUCUGGUGCUCGUAUUGGUGUCCGUAAAGAAAUGCUGCCACAAUCUACUGAACGUGUCGUUGACAUAUCAGGUCUUGUCGACUCGAUUCAAAUAGCUGUAUUCUACAUUGGAGAGUGUAUCUACACUGACUCGGAUCGAGCUGCAGGCACUAUAUUAUAUAAUCCAGCACCUCCACGAAGGCCAGGAACUGGACAUCGCUACGAAGAAGAAGAUGGCCAAUACUACAACAGUCCACGAUCUGCUGCUUUCUCAUCAAAUCGACCUCCUCUCGGCCAUUCCAAUCAUGAUAACCAUAGUAUCGAUGCACCUUCAACACGACGUGGUGAACGUGGUGACCGUCCUCCUCGUCAAGACCGACCAGGUGGUAUGGCUGGAGCGUCACCAUACACUUCCUCUCGAACAAACGGAGCUCCCAGUAGUAGCAGUAAUAGUAGGGCAAGUCGACCACCACCACCAGCAGCAGCAGAUGAAGGAGAAGUAGUACAAAAGACAACAUCAAUACCUGCAGACAUGGUGGGCUGUAUUAUUGGACGUGGUGGAUCCGUCAUCAAUCAUAUACGUAUACAAUCAGGUGCCAGAGUAUCCAUCUCAAAAACCAAAGAUCCAGAAACCAAUGAACGUACAUUUACUAUCGAGGGAACUCAAGGAGCUCUUGACAAGGCUCUCACGCUCUUGUACAAACAGCUUGAAAAUGAAAAGGCCAGGCGACUGGCUAAUGCUACUAAUGCCGGUGGGAAUGAAUGGAAUGAGUCGUCAGAAAACGCUACAGGUGAAACAGCAUAG